CCCGCGCGCGUCCACCAGCAGAUACGCGCGUCUCGACGGCCGGCGUCUCAGUGUCGUCGCGACGACCGACGUCGUACUCGCGCUCCGUCCUCGUAUUUUCGUAAACGCGUCGUCUCGCGGUAUCAUUUCGAUUCGUGCGCGUGAAGAAAUCGAGGAGUCAUCUAAAAAACACUACUCGUCCAUCGACGUAUGUACUUAGAUACAUAUCAUCGGAAAUGUCAUUGAUUUCGUUGCUGUCGUCGAUCAAAAGGAGGACUCGAGAAGGACACCGACGUUAUUAGAAACCGAGAGAUCAAGAAAAAUCGAUAUCGAAUUGAUUCGUAUAUAAAUAUACACAGGAACACACACAUGAACACAUUUAUAUAAGUAAUUGUGUGUGUUGUUUUAGCUUAUAUUAUUAUUAUUAUUAUUUUGUUUUGUUUUUUAAUCGCGCGUUUUGGUGUUUCUAUCACGCCUAUUAUUUCUACAUAAUAUAACAAGUUCGUAUUCGAUCUUUCGGUCUUUCGUUUGUUCGUUCGUCCGUUCGUUCGUUCGUUCAUCGUCCGUCGACGACGUCGUGUCGACGAAGAAAAAGACGGAACCCGCGUUAUUCCGGCCGCGAGUGUGCGACGCUCGCGCGUGCAGAUGAGGCCACGAUCGAUCUGCGAAAGGGUGGCGGAGGAGUAUCGCGACGAGGAGUAUCGUCACGGGUACUACGAGAAUCGGUGCUUCUGACAACCGGACGAGCGGAGGGACAGACAGACGGUAGUGUGCCACAACAGUCGCGGUGCUUGCGAAUACUCGAUGGAUGAGUUCCAUCCAUUCAUUGAGGCCCUCCUACCAUUCGUGAAGUCUUUCUCGUACACGUGGUUUAAUCUACAAGCCGCCAAGAGGCGUUACUAUAAGAAACACGAGAAACGGAUGAGUCUCGAAGAGGAACGUCAGUGCAAGGAGGAACUCCAGAACGAAAAGCUGGAGGUGAAACAGAAAUGGGCCUCGCGGCUUCUGGGAAAGUUACGAAAGGAUAUCACGCAAGAAUACAGAGAAGACUUCGUACUGAGUAUUACGGGGAAGAGGCCAGCCAUGUGUGUCCUCAGCAAUCCUGAUCAAAAGGGCAAAAUGAGAAGGAUCGACUGUUUGAGGCAAGCCGAUAAGGUAUGGCGAUUGGACCUGGUAAUGGUGAUUCUCUUCAAAGCAAUUCCGUUGGAGUCGACGGACGGGGAACGGCUUGAGAAGACCGCGGAAUGCGCUCAGCCGGGCCUCUGCGUCAACCCCUAUCACAUCAACGUCUCCGUCCGGGAACUCGAUCUCUACCUCGCCAAUUUUAUCACCAGUCACGAGGUCCUAAAUGGCAUCUGCAAUGCGAGCAAAGAAGAGGAGAGGCGGCGAAAAGGUGCAGGAUACCACGAACUUUAUAACGGUGUCGUGUGCAAUGACACGAUCCUCGCGACAGGUGUCUUCAGCUCGAAGGAGCUCUGGAUGCUUUCAAAAGCGUCCAUACUGCAUGACCUCAGCGACAUGCAGCCUCAAAUAAACGCGAUCAAAAUAGAGCACCCGCCGUACUACUGCAGCAGCUACACCCCUCCAUCCGCAGCCACGGCCGCGGAUCAUGCUCAGCCUGCGGCUAGCUUCAGUCCACCACCGGUACACCAGCUGAUAAGAAACGACAAGACUGAAAAAGCUCCGACGGUCUCGGUCUCGAGUGCGGCGACAUUCUCGCCAGUUCUCAGGCCAGAAGAUGGUCAUCGUGGAAUGGACUCGCCUCAUUCGCAGACGGGAUUGCAUUCACCCCACGAAGGCAUGGCCGGUGGUUCCGGUCAAAGUAUGUCCGGUCUCGCUUACUAUCAACCUGAACAUCCUGCCUCAACGGGAGUGGUCAAGUAUCCAGAGAACGGUCACGAUACCCUUUCGGAUUUCGUGACGUUCGUUUGUCAAGAAGCUGAAAAUACGCAGCAACUACCCCAGGCGCAGCUAGCGGGACCGCGUACUGGCAUACAAAAGUUCUCACAGUAUUAUCCGAGUUCGAUGUUACCGCCACCACCACCGGCUCCAAUGGCGAGACCGGUUGCGAUCAUCAGGUCGACGGGAGAGUUGACCGGUACGAGCGCAAAUUCGCCGCCAACUUCCUCAACAUCUCCGACGGAUCCGAGCGAGCUUGGACCCAAUCAACAGGAACAGAUGGCAGCAGCGGCGGCAGUCGGCUUGGUCAGUUCGGCCUGUCAGAACUCUGUCGACCCAGCUGGUAGAAAAAGUCCCGCGAGAAUCCUUGUCACAGCACCUCACACUAGCAGGGAAUACACGUUCGCCCAUUUUCACUCUCAACCAGGACAGCAAAUCUUUACGUACCCUACUAUCAGUUCGAUGUCAGGAGUAAUAUCUCCGACGAAUCUCUCACUGUUCUCGUCUCCGGUUUCGGUGACGAGACCGGUAGCCACACAAAGGUCGGUCUCGAAUGUACCACCACGCUGGAAUACAACGCCGUUUAUCAACCUAGAGGAUGAUUAUAAUAUGAUAGCACCUAUCAUCGCGGGAACAACUAGUGAGCCACCACCGACUAUGGAUGAAGAUCGGUAUUUCCAUCCGGUUCAUACGAGCAGCGUCGUGGAUAAAAGUGGUACUGGUAAUCUCAUGGGAACCGACUUAGGCGUGGCUACCGAUCCCACGUCGCAUCACCAUCAACAACAACAACAACAGCAGCAACAACAACAACAACAACAACAGCAGCAGCAGCAACAGCAGCAACAACAACAGCAACAACAGCAGCAACAGCAACAGCAGCAAGUGAUGCAGGACAAAAGCGGUAGACCCAAGUCUCCCCCGUGACACUGGGGUCUUCGACCGGAAAGUCUCGCGACUUCAACGGCGCCAUGUUCCACGGGGUCGUUACUCACUCCCAUCCACGAUAACAGUAACCAAUUAUAUCACCCCGAUAACGAGGGUGAACAUUCGGAUUCCUCAUGUCGCGUCCAACGUCGCGAUUUGAGUUUCCGGAGAAUCGAGUGCCUGAGAGUCUGAACGUACUAUAAUUUGAUGUAAGCGUAAAAACCGUCGAUUACCCUUCGUACGUCGAACGUGCGUUCGAGAUUUGACUCCUCGAACGGACGUAAGUAAAGACCUCCUUUCUCUCUUCUCCUCUUCUUUUAUGCUACAACCUCAUAAAAAGAAGAAAAAAAAUGCGGAACACGAAAUCAAAUAACGUCUCCUUCUCUUCGCUAUUCUAUUUCUCCUUACUUUCUCUUCCAUUUUCGUUCUAUGUUUUUCUUUGUAUACCUUUCACAUAACUUUCCAUACCCCGAUCGAUCUCACUUCGCGAUACGAAAGGAAUCUUGUGGAGAUUCACUUUCAACGUGCCAAUUGCGUGAGGGAGGAAGAAAAAAAGUAGGGAUCGAUCGGUGACACCGAUUUAAGUUCUACUUAUUCUUUGUUUUUCUUUUCUUUUCUGUUUUCAAACGAUCCAUUAAUUACGACGCUGAUGAUUAUAACGACGAUCGAUUGAUUGAUCUAAAGGAACUACAUUAACGCUCAGACCUAGUGCUAAAUAUAUCUACUAGUGGAAAAAAAUAUAAUAACGAAGGACUAGCGCGUGCUAGUCACCAGAGGCUGCUAGUUAGAAACAAAGUGAAUAUUUCUUAUUUCAUUACUCGAACUCGAUAAGCACUUAACUGAUUAAUGCGUUGUACGUACAUAUAUUUAUACAUACAUACAGAAAUACAUACAUAUAUAUGUAUAUAUAUAUCAAUAUAAUAUAAUAUAUAUAUAUAUGUAUAUAUAUAUAUAUACUAAUAUAAUAUAUUAACGGGAACAGCGUUAAUGCGGGUGGAACGAUAUCAUGCUUGCUCGUUAACGCUAGUAAACAUCACUCCUAUCAAGAGAGAUUACCGAUUAUUAUUAAUAUACGAUCUAAAUGUUGCACCGAACGUGAUCCAAUUUGCAACAUAAUCCUAAACGAUCGUUCCAUGCGCAAAAUUACGAUGAAUCUACGAACGCAUGGAUGAUAAAAUAAUAUAUGUGUGUGUAUGUAUAUAUAUAUAUAUAUAUAUAUACAUACACAUACAUACACAUACACACACCUAUGUUAAAAAAAGCAGAGAAAAAGAGAAUAGAGAAAGAGAGGAGACGAACCAAUGUCCAAUCCGUGACUCCUAAAACGUUACCUAAAAUUUACCCGUAUUCCCAACAAACUUCCUCAUCCCUAAUAUUCCCCCACCCCGAUACUCACCGCCCUAUUGUAAAAGUAAAAAUGCGCUUAAUAUACUCGCUAGUUGACCAGAUAAUAGUUAAUGAUUUCUAGGUUUAUAAAAAUGGUUACACUUUGUUUCCUCUCCUCGAGUAAGAUUGAAAGAGUGUACGCGACCUCUUUCGUUUAGUCAUCGCCAAAACCUUAAGCUUUAGAAAAGAGAGGAGACUAUUAUUUAAACGUUGUUACGCACAAAAGCAUUAAAAAAACAUAAAUAAAAAAACAGAAAAAUGAAAAGGAUUUAGCGCAAAUAAUCCAUUCGAGAUCGUAUUUAUCGAGAAGUAUGUAAGUACAAACGUACAAUUAUUAAAUUAAAAUGAAAUAGAAAACAACUCGGCUCGAACAAAAGAGGAAGCGUUUCGUUUCUUUAUUUCUUUUUUUUUCAUUUCUUUUUAUUUUUCUUCUUUCUUUUUCUUUACACUCUGUCAAUCGAUUCGUAGUGAUAGUACAAAAAAGAAGAGACGCGUUUUACAGCAGCAACGAGUAUGUCAAUAAUAAAAGGAUAGAUACAAAGCGCCGACGAUAAUAUAUUAUUAUCCCUCCGAGGAAGAAUUUAAAGGAUGCUUAUACUGCUACUAAUUCAUUAUAUGAAGCAACGAUAUUAUUGCUACCAUUAUUGUUAAUACCUUAUAUUACGAACUAUUAUUACUAUUAUCGUACCAACGUACUAUCACCACCAUCACCAUCGCCAUCGCCAUCACCAACACCAUCGCUACAACACCAUUACCAACGCCAACAUCAUUACCACUACCACUGCUGCUGCUAUGACUACUACUACUACUAU